ACUGACCGGCUGUGAGGUAAAACCAUCCUUUUCUAACACCUCCUAGAUUCAGGAGCAGACUUCAGGCAAUUAAGGGAAUAUACAAGGUCGGUGAAAGAUGGUGAAACUGGGGAGUAACCUUCAAGACAAAGGGGCCAAACCUGUGAGUGUAGAGGACGGCUUUCAGAAUGUGCCCCUCAUCACUCCACUGGAUGUUACCAGCCUCCAGAGCCAAGCACCUGACAAGGUGGUGGUGAAAACUCGCACAGAGUACCAGACAGAGAAGAAGAGGCUGAAGGUUCCCAAGGUGGAGGAGUUCACCAUCAGCUUUACUGAUGGGGUGUCUGAGAGACUCAAGGUGACGAUUCUGAUCAUCCUAGCCCUGGCCUUCCUCGCCUGCAUCGUGUUCCUGGUGGUUUAUAAAGCCUUCACCUAUGACCACGCCUGCCCAGAUGGAUUCAUUUAUAAGCACAAGCGGUGUAUCCCAGCCUCUCUGGAGGCCUACUACGCUGCCCAGGACGCCAACUCGAGGGGCCGUUUCUACACAGUGAUUAGCCACUACAGCAUGGCCAAGCAGACCACCUCGCACUCUGUCUCCCCCUGGCUGCCUGGAGGAGCAGGGGGUCAGCAGCACGAUGCCAAACCCCCGAGUGGGGAAGGCCACUGAGUUAGCAAAAUGGUUUGAGGAUGUUGUAAACGCACAGAGGCACAUGCAGACGUGAAGAAAUAACACAGAGACACAGGCAGGUGGUGACUGAGACCACACACACAUAUGUAGGACAAUAUUUAGAAAUUUAGACAAAAGAGAUGCACACUAACACAGCAGUUGCAUAUAUGAUGCCAAUAUAAAGUGAAAACAUGCAUGCAGACAUAAAAAGACAAGCACAUGCUAGGCCAUAUUUUGAUUUGCCAUGUCUGCCAAUUUAUGAGUUAUGACGGGCAUUUCUCGUUGAUCUUUUGCUGUCUUGGGAUCAUCAUCAUCUGCUGAUACAUUCUCACUCUCACAAACACACACGGUCUGCUCUCGCAUCACCAUGUUUACUACCUUCCUCUAAUUUAUUAUUUAUUGACUGUCAUGAUGUAUUUUCAUUUUUUACUGUAAUGUAAUGUAAUGUAUGGAUGUUUUGUAUACGAUGACCAGGCAACUCUUUGUACAAAGACAUGAGUCAGUGCUGAAUUUCACACUUCUUCUUUUUGAGAUUCUUUGGACAUUUUUUAUUUCAAGUGCGUAUGCUGUAGUUACGUUGUAUAUCCAUUCAUGGCCUCUGUUUUUCCUGCCUUUAUUGUCCAGACUGCAUAACCUCACUCUGUCAAGCACCACACAUACAGAUCACGUCAUAUACCAACCCAAAAUAUGUCAGUAUGGUCUUGUAUUGCUGUAACACAUUUUUAAAUACAAAAUUUCAGCUCAGAGGAAAAUUUUCGAUGCCAUGUUUGCAUCCGCAACAUGUCCGGAAUUGAUUCAAUUAAAAUUUCCCUCAUGGCUGUUUGAUAGCUCAUAUACAGUGACGAUGUGCUGUGCUAUACAUUUUAAAUCCUAAAAUCCCCCAGUGACCAAGCUGUACAUACUGUGUUCAAGCUAGUUUUUUGUGUGUAUGCAUCAUAGUAGCCCCCCCCCAACACGUGAUUUACUUGUAUAUUGCUUCUGCUGCCAGUCUUGUAGUUAUGAAAUACUGUGCAUAUCACCGCCUCUUACCAAAACUCUUAUUUUCCCAUUUUGUUACGUUUAUACAGUAGAUGGGCUUCAGCUGCAGCAGAGUUCUCCUCCUGUACUGUUGUUUUUUCAUUUUGCAACAUUGAAUCCGUUGUCAAGAGUGCUUUUAGGAGAUAUUGUGACGUUGUUAGUUGAUAUGAAGCAAUAUGUGGUGUAAUUUUAUCAGUGUGCAUCUUUGUCCUUCUUCUCUUGGUUUGAAUUCAAAAUAAAACAAGCUGUGACCUGU